AUGAGGAAGAAUGGUACGGGGUUCGGGAUUUCUGGUGUGCUUAUAAAAGAGGCCAUCGCCCGCCGCUUCACCACGAACUACGCCACGGCCACUGGCAUUGCACGCACAGGUGAUUCCAUCGGGCUGUUUGUGUGUGCACCCAUCGUCCAGGUAUUCAUCGACACGUAUGGAUGGAGAGGAGCCAUGCUACUGGUGGGUGCCAUCUCUAUGCAUCUUUUGGUGUGUGGCGCCCUCAUGCAGCGAGCAGGAGCACCUUCAGCAAGCAGAUACCAAAAGCUUCCAGCAGACGAUGGAAUAUCAAAACAUCCAAGUCAACUUCCCUCUCGCUGUACCUCAUUUUAUAAGAACCUGUUCGAGAUCUUCGAUAUUCGACUUCUCUCUGAUUUCCGUUACUGGUCGGUGGCCAUCAUAGCCUGCUGCUCAAAGUUUGCUUUCCACAUGUGGCACAUUUACUUCGUUUCACAAGCGAAGUCAAAUGGAUUUUCCUUACAAGAGGCGGCAACAUUUGUAACAGUUGGAGGCGUUGGAGGUUUAAUAGCAAAACUGGUUCAGGGAUUCUUUCUUGACCGCGGAGUGAUAUCCAGUUUCCAUCUGACGGCCACCGCUGUAGCGGUUUGUUCGGUGUCGCACUGCGCAACUCCCUGGCUGACGUCAUAUUGGCCAAUGAUGACGUCAUCACUCCUGAUCUUGACAAGCUCUGGCGCCCUCAGCUGUCUUCACGACGUUCUCAGUAAGCAGGUACUCGGUGUGGAUUUACUAGUCGGAACUUUUGGUUGGAUAUAUUUUACUGCGGCCAUCUUGGAAUUCUCUCUUGGCUUUUUACCUGGUUUGCUGUUCGACACCACAGGCAGUUACACCACAGCGUUUGUUUUCAUAGGCUCCUUGCAAUUCCUUCCGAUGUUUCCUCUUCUCAUUCUCAGGUAUUAUCGAUGUUUUGAAAGAGACGCACAGGAGGAGUUAACAUGAAGCCCCAAGUAAAUGUUGUAUUUGUUUUUGCUGAGGGAAUACAUUUCGUCAGUUACUUUCUGGAUAUAGCUGCAAAUGGUGUAUUAAUAUUGCAUUGCAUUAAAUUAAUUUAAUACUGAACAAAAUAAUAUUGGUAUUUGGCUAAAGAUGAUAGACACCUUUCAGUUUGAUCAUCUUUACUAAUGUGCAUUUAUUGCACGAAAUGUAUAUAUUAAAGGAAUUUUGAAUUACAAAUAGUGUUACUUCACUUGUUUGGUAACAUUUUUAACCAACAAAUUAUCAUCAGGAAUUUGUUAUUUCCAUAUUGCUCAGUUAUUAUGCCGAAUUGUUCCGUCUGCAAUGCUGGAAUGUUGAAUAAAACACGGGUAACUUGCAAAAUGUAAUACAAAUCUGGAGUAUAUUUGCUGCAUAGAAUUCUACCCGAAU